GCGCUCAGCUGGAGGGCCGUUUGUUUGCCUCCGGCCCGCGCUGCCUGCGGAGAGAGCGGAGCUCAGCAGAGCUCGGGGCAGCGCCGCGCAGCCGCCCCGGCCCCGGCCCCGGCCUCGGCCCCCGCCCCGGCCCCGGCCCCGGCCAGCCCCGCGGGGCCGAGAGGCUGCCUGGUGCCGGCGGAGAGUCUCAGGCCUGGAGUAAAAGGAUACAUGUUUGCUUCCAGCAAAGAAGAGCAUGUUCCCAAAUUCCUCCAACUUGGGUCAUCCACCCUUCCCUCCAAAACAUCAGCAACACAGUGGUUUCUUCGAUAAGCUUCCUCUAAGCAUACCACCUACUCUUCUCUCUCACCAGCAAAUUAUUGAUGCUCAGUUUAACUUUCAGAAUGCAGCUCUUUCUAGGGCUCUGUUGAGUGGGAACCUUGCAACUCUUCCAGCUGUUACGCCUCAGCCAUUGACUUAUGGAAAUGGCAGUCCAGUACAUACAUCUGCUGCCCCCACAUCAUUCCGAGGAAGAAAGAGACUAAGUGAGCAAAAUGUUCCAUAUGAAGUUAAACGGCAGCGAUUUCAUUCACCUCAUCACGAAACAACUGUAGUUAACCAAACAGUGCCUUUACCAGAAGCACGUAGAUACUCCUUCCCAGGAUCCAUUCCAUCUCCACUGUUUCAUGCACAUUAUGUACCAGAUUUAACUGGAUGCGUCCCUCCGUUAAGAGAUGCUUCAUUUUCAGACCCUAUAGAGACCACACUCCCUGUGGCCAAAGAUAAGUUAAGUCAGCAGGUUUUGGAGCUGUUUCAAGCAUGUCAGCAACAGACCUGUGAUUUGAACAGAAAAGAACUCUGCAGAACAGAACUCCAGAGGGAAAUUCAGCGAAUAUUUCCACAGAGCAGACUCUUUUUGGUUGGAUCCUCACUGAAUGGCUUUGGCACUCGUAGCAGUGACGGUGACUUGUGCCUUGUGGUUAAAGAAGAACCAGUAAAUCAGAAGACUGAAGCAAGGCAUAUACUCAGCUUAGUCCAAAAACUCUUCAGUACUAAACUUUCGAGCUACAUUGAGCGACCUCAGCUAAUUCGAGCAAAAGUGCCAAUAGUGAAGUUCAGGGAUAAAGUCAGCUGUGUGGAGUUUGACUUGAAUGUAAACAAUGUUGUAGGAAUAAGAAAUACAUUCCUCCUGAGAACCUAUGCAUACAUUGAGAAUCGAGUUCGUCCAUUAGUACUCGUUGUUAAGAAGUGGGCAAGUUUUCACGACAUAAAUGAUGCCAGUCGUGGUACUUUAAGCAGCUAUAGUCUUGUGUUGAUGGUUUUGCACUAUUUACAGACCCUACCUGAACCCAUCCUUCCAUCCCUCCAAAAAAAUUACCCAGACUCUUUUGAUCCUGCUAUGCAGUUGCACCUUGUUCAUCAAGCCCCAUGUACCAUUCCUCCUUACCUCUCAAAAAAUGAAUCAAGUCUUGGAGAUUUGCUAAUAGGCUUCUUCAAAUAUUAUGCCACAGAAUUUGACUGGAGCCAUCAAAUGAUUUCAGUUCGUGAGGCCAAAGCUAUUCCAAGACCUGAUGGUAUUGAAUGGAGAAACAAAUUUAUUUGUGUGGAAGAGCCUUUUGAUGGGACAAACACAGCUAGAGCUGUACAUGAAAAACAGAAGUUUGACAUUAUCAAAGAUGAAUUUAUGAAGUCUUGGCAGAUAUUACGAGACAAGAAAGACUUGAACUGUAUAUUACCUUUAAGAACAACCAUACAGAAAAGAUAACCGACUUCUUUCAUUUCCUCCUUAUUGGAUCCUGCUGAAAUAAAGAACAGUGUCAAAAUCAAGAUGCAGUUACCCCGUGGUUUUUUAUGACGUGUUUUUCUCUUUAAACUUUUGUUAAGGAAAUGUUUAUAAGAAAGAUUGCAUAUUUUAUUAUUGACAUUUGUUAAUACAGCUGUUCAUUCAAAGAUAUGUUUUCUGAAAAUGCUUGCAUUGUUGACUUCUACAAGAGACUGUUGUGACUCAAAGCAGCCCAAAGGAAUAAAUCCAUUUUAAGGAAAGUAUUGGAAUAUAUUGACUUGUUGUUUCCAUAAUCUGUGUAAUCAUUAAUUCAGGCACAUUUAACCAUGAAAUAAAGGAAUUCAGAGCUAAACAA